AAUUAAUCAAACAAAGAAAAACAAAGCUUAUUUUUAAAAAUGAAGGGAACUAAAUUCUUUUUAUCACUCACACUUUUGCUUGCAGUAAGCUUAGUGGCUUUUAAUGGCUAUCUCAUGUACAAAUAAAGUAAAUAUGUCAUGAGCUCCUCUGGUAUUCCUUCCAAGGUAUUUGGUCCUUAUGUUUUUAUAUAUGAUGGCGUUUUUGAUGAAAGAAAUCAACUCAAGGGCGGUAUUCCCCAAUGGGUUAUUAAUGGUGGUUCUAACAUCGCUAUCCUUUCUUUCUUGGAUCCUGUUGAAUUAGAAAAGUCAAAUGUUCCCCCACAAUAAUUUUUGGACUCUAUUGCUCAAGUUAGCUCUAAUGCUAAUUAUUACGUCAUGUUCUCUGUUGGUGGUUGGGACUUUUAGAAUCGUUUUACAUAAACUAAUCCUUAGACUGUCGCCUAAAAUGCUGCCUAUAUGGCUAAAAAGUACAAUAUUGGUUUUGAAAUUGAUUGCGAAGCAGAUAGUGGUGCUGCUAAAGAAUGGAUCAGCUCAUUUAUCAAAGCAUACAGAUAAAUUAUUCCUAAGGAUGAUGUCAAUUUCUACUCUGUUUUGACCAUGGAUACUGGAGCAUCCCCUGGUGCAUUCUUCAAUGUUGAAGCAGCUGCUCUUGAAAACCUUGAUAGCUUAAACUGGGUAAAUGCAAUGGUUUAUGAUCCUGAAUUAUCUCCUGAUAAUAGAUAAUUCUGGGACUAUCACAAAAUACCCCCUAACUAAUUCACUGUUGCUAGAAAUUUGGUUAAUACUUGUGAUGAUUUGUAAAAUUUACUCCCAACUCUUUCAUAUCAAAAGGAUGGAUAACCAAUUAGAGGUAUUCUUUUCUGGGCUGCCCUUUCUGGUGCUACUUGUGACAGUGCAUAAGAAGGUGCUCAUAACUGCGGUACUAGCUGUGUUGACUGCACUGGUGGUGUUGGUACUAAAGGUAACUGGUCUUGUCCUGCAGUUGCUUCUGCUUGCAAAACCUAUGGUGCAUGCAAUUGA